UAUUCUGUUAAGGAUAGGACGAUGAUAGGAAAGGUAGGAAACGAAUGGGAGUGUUUCAAGUUUAAUGUGCCUCGAUAAAGUCAAAUCGAUGGUUGUUCCAAUCGAGUGGAAGAGAGACAGAUGCGGCGCAAGCGUACAAUGUGCGUAACGGGACAAUGAGUCAUCCUUUUUCGUGCGUGCAGCCGGCGUUCAUAGAUUUAUUGGACGUUGUCACGACAAAAAAAAAGAAUUAUUGUAACACUGUUAAAAUGACAUUUAAAAAUUCGUCCGUUGCACGGAUCAUUUAGAACGUGAUCGGUUAAAGUGUUAGUGAAGUUCUCUAGGCUCGGGUGUUGAGUCGCGGGACAUCAAGCAGAGCCGAGAGGGCUCGAGGCUUGUACACCCGCCGGACAGCGGCUAUAGGAGCGUUGUUUUGGGGCCGCAGCACGCUCCGAGCUACGUCACGCUCGCCGCGCUAUAAGAGCGCGCCGCGGUCUGGCCGCGGGCUCGACUCCGCACCGCCGCGCCGGCAGACAGUAGCAGACAGCCAGCAGACAGCCAGCAGACAGCCAGCAGACAUGAGGCUGCAGCUAGCCACCGUGGUGUGCACGACAGCGCUCCUGGCGGCCGUGCGAGCGGCAGUGUGCUUGCCGCGAGAGUACGAGUGCUCCCUCGACAGCCGGUCCAUGUGGCGCGGCUACGAGGGCAACCAGCUGGACGCCGACGACUUCCAGGCCUUCAUGGAGCUGGUGUCCGGGGGCCGCAAGCCCGCCCGCUCCGUGGACCCGGAGCCCCCCAGCUGCAGCCGCGAGCAGCCGGCGCCCGCCAGUCCGGAGCCGGAGAGCUGCGCGCGGCCCCGCCCUCCGGUGGCCAGGGGCAGGGUCCGCGACAAGGGGCGGGGCGUCUAGGUCACAGCCUGCUCCCGGGGUGGGGCUAGUUCCUCUCCUACAGCAGUGGGCGGGGCGUCUAGGUCACAGCCUGCCGUAGGGGUGGAGCUAGUUCCUCUCCUACAGCAGUGGGCGGGGCGUCUAGGUCACAGCCUGCCGUAUGGGUGGAGCUAGUCCCUCUCCUACAGCAGUGGGUGGGGCAUCUAGGUCACAGCCUGCCGUAGGGGUGGAGCUAGUUCCUCUCCUACAGCAGUGGGUGGGGCGUCUAGGUCACAGUCUGCCAUAGGGGUGGAGCUAGUUCCUCUCCUACAUCAGUGGGCGGGGCGUCUAGGUCACAGUCUGCCGUAGGGGUGGAGCUAGUUCCUCUCCUACAGCAGUGGGUGGGGCGUCUAGGUCACAGUCUGCCGUAGGGGUGGAGGUAGUUCCUCUCCUACAUCAGUGGGCGGGGCGUCUAGGUCACAGCCUGCCGUAGGGGUGGAGCUAGUUCCUCUCCUACAUCAGUGGGCGGGGCGUCCAAGUACAGCCUGCUUCAGGAGCGGGGCUAGUUUCUCUCCUACAGCAGUGGAUGGGACCUCCAAUUUACAGCCUGCUAUAGGGGUGGAGCUAUUUCCACUCCUAGAGCAAUGGGUGAGGCGUCAAAGUUACAGACUUUCGUAGGGUGGAAAAAGUUCCUCUCCUACUGCAUGUAGUGGUGUAUAUAGUUUCCAGCCAGGCUCAGAAGCGGGGUUAGUUUCUCAUCUACAGCAAUGGGUGGGGCAUUUAGGGUACAAGCCUCCCUUAUGGCGAAGCUAGUUUCUAUUCUACAUCAAUGGGUGGGGCUUCUAAGGCCUAGCCUGCCUGCGGAACUAGUUCUUUCCCUACAUCAAGAGGCGGAGCAUCUAGGGCCCUGACUGACGUAGGGGCUGAGUUAGUUCCUUUUCUACAGCAAUGGGCGGAAUGUCUAUAUUACUGUUUGCCUCAGGGGUGAGGCUAGUACCUUUCCUACAGCAAUGGGUGGGGUUUAGGGCCCAGCCUACCUUAGGGGCGAGGUCAGUUCUUCUACAGCAGAGCUGAGGUCUGUAGGUUCCUACUUGAUGCAGGGAAUAGUUUGUGUGAUCUAAAUUAAGGAUAGUAAACACACUCUUACAUUAUGCUCUACAGCAGGAGUGGAGGCAGUUCUCGCGGGUUUUGAGAAUGGGUGAAAGUAAUUCAAUACAUAUAUAUAUGACAUAUUCUAAAUACUGUUU